ACCCGGGCUCCCGUCGGACAAACAGCAGCGCUAUGGAGUGCACUGCAGCGGUCCUGUUGUUGGGGCUCCUGUGGGCUCUGCUGUGGUUGCUUUACGACAAAAAGAGCAAGACCACGACAAGGCGCCUGCCUCCAGGACCAACGGCGCUUCCUCUGCUAGGAAACCUGCCUCAGCUGGACAAACAUGCACCUUUUAAAAGCUUCCUCAAGAUGAGCCAAACGUAUGGAGCGGUGAUGACCGUGCACCUGGGCUGGCAGCGUACGGUGGUCCUGGUGGGCUACGAGGCCGUCAAAGAGGCUCUGGUAGACCAAGCUGAUGACUUUGCAGGAAGAAUGCAGUUGCCGUUCCUCUACAAAGCCACCGGGGGCUACGGUUUGGGCAUCAGUAACGGCGAGCGCUGGCGACAGCUGCGGCGUUUCACCCUGACCACCCUACGAGAUUUCGGGAUGGGACGCAAAGGCAUGGAGGAGUGGAUCCAGGAGGAGAGCCAACACAUGAGGGCCCGCAUGGACUCUUACAAAAAGGCGCCCUUUGACCCCACCUUCCUGCUGAGCUGCUCAGUGUCCAACGUGGUGUGCUGCCUGGUGUUUGGACAACGCUUCAACUACGAGGACGCCGACUUCCAGCAGCUACUGGCCAUUAUCAAGGAACUGGUUAUGUUUGUGGCUAGUCCUCUGGGGCAGAUGUACAACAUCUUUCCUGGACUGACUGAGCGCCUGCCAGGCCACCAGCACAAAGUCUUUGCUCACAUGGAGACGGUGAGAUCUUUCAUCAAAAAGAAGAUCCAGCAGCAUGCAGACACUUUGGACUCUAACUCUCCCAGAGACUACAUUGACUGCUUCCUCAAUCGCAUCCAACAGGAGAAGGACAACGCUUCCAGUGAGUUCUUCUAUGACAACCUGGUAUCCACAGUCAUGAAUCUCUUCAUGGCUGGAACAGAAACCAGCAGCUCUACUAUUCGAUACGCCCUCAGCGUGUUCAUUAAACACCCUGAUAUACAAGAGAAAAUGCAGCAGGAGAUCGACGAUGUGAUUGGACGAGAACGUUGUCCCAACAUGGAGGACAGAAAGUCCAUGCCCUUUACAGAUGCAGUCAUCCAUGAGGUGCAGCGCUUUCUGGACAUUGUCCCCUUUAGCCUGCCACACUACACGCUGCAUGACGUCUCUUUUAGAGGCUACACCAUUCCCAAGGACACCAUCAUCAUUCCCAUGCUGCACUCUGUGCUGAAAGACGAGAAACAGUGGGCGGAGCCUUGGUCCUUUAAUCCUCAGCACUUCCUGGACCACAACGGCAACUUUAAGAAGAACCCGGCGUUCAUGCCUUUUGCGGCAGGGAAAAGAGCUUGUGUCGGGGAGUCUCUGGCCCGCAUGGAACUGUUCAUCUUCAUCACGUCACUGCUGCAACAUUUCAGCUUCUCCUGCGUCGGAGGUCCAGACAGCGUCAACCUUACGCCGGAGUACAGCAGCUUCGCCAACGUGCCGCGGCAACACCAGCUCAUCGCUACGCCUCGCUGACACGCGCGCCUCCAAAAAGGCUAAUCAGAACAGCGUCUCAGACCUCUCACACCAUCUUCACAUAUGGCUGCUUCACGUUUUUUUGCCAUUAUAAUUUAGUCUCAACAUGUGGCUUUUUACUCACAGGUUAAUGAGCUUGUGAGCAAAAUAUUUUUUCACGGGUUAUCUAUAUAUGUUUAAAUAUGCAUAUUACAAUGUGGUCAACAGUUUGAAAAUUUGUGCUCUACAGUCUAGCGAUGAUAAUGAUAAACCACAGGAAAAAUUAUUGACGGUUACUAUUACCGUUUCCAAUUGUAAUUAGUAGAGAUGUCCGAUAAUGGCUUUUUUGCCGAUAUCCGAUAUUGUCCAACUCUUAAUUACCGAUUCCGAUAUCAACCGAUACGAUAUAUACAGUCGUGGAAUUAACACAUUAUUAUGCCUAAUUUUGUUGUGAUGCCCCGCUGGAUGCAUUAAACAUGGUAAUGCUCUGACAGUGCAGCUGUCUUCA